AUCUUCUACUUUGUUUCUCAAGAUUACUUGUAUUGUACAUUAAGCAACUCUUUUCCGAGUUAACUCAAUAGAUAGGCUUUUAUUUGUUAGAAUGAAUUGCCAGUUGGAGAGGUUACUUCUCAUUCUCGAUAAAUGAAGAUGGCUAAAGUAAAUGGCUUAGCGAAGAUGGGGACAUGGAAAAGUGUUCAUAGGACUAUCUUCAUAUUGGGUGCUUGUGCUCUUCUCGUUUCUGUUGCUACCUUGUCUAGAUCUUAUUCCAUUAGAUCUCUACUGGUUACUGAUUCCUUCUGCAAUGUGAACCCUUCGAAUCCGAGUAGAAACGGAGAAAAAGUGAGUGCGAAUUUUGAGGUUGUCAUUCAGAAAAUCCGACGAGAAAUGGAUGAGUUGAGGAAAGGUAUGUCCAAGGAGUCAUCGUCGUCGGAAAUCUUGCUUAGACAUAGUCGUUUCCUUGCUGAUAUUCUUGGUCUAUUCGAGUCGAUGCAGGAACCGGUGCGGGGAAUUGAGAACAAGACCGUCAACCAUCCCCUGGUGAAACCGAUUCAUCAAUCCGAUGGGCCUGCUGAUUACUUCUUUAUCGAAGAGAUCCGAAAGUAUGUUCGGGUCAAGCCUAACAGAUUAGGGAAACAGAACUUCAUGGGAGCUAAUGGCACAUUCACGAGCAUCGGCCACACUUGUUUCGCAAUGAAGGAGGAGCUCGAAGAGUACAUGGAUUACGACGUCGGUGAAAUCUGCAACGACGAUUGGAAACUAGCUCAGAAACUAAUGGUUCACGGCUGCGAUCCAUUACCGAGGAGGCGGUGCCUCGCGAGAGCUCCAAGGCUAUACACUCAGCCGUUCCCCAUCAGCGAGUCCAUAUGGAAGCUGCCGGAUGAUCGAAAUAUUCGAUGGAGUGGAUACAGAUGCAAGAACUUCACUUGCCUUGCAAGCAACGCCACCCGCAAAGGGUUCUUCAAAUGUGCAGAUUGCUUCAAUCUGUCACACCACGAAAUGCCGAGAUGGAUCCAACCGGUCCAAUUAGACCCUGAAACAAACAUAACAGCAGAUUUCUUAAUACCCGAAGUGCUGGAAAUCAAGCCCGGGGAGAUCAGAAUCGGAUUAGAUUUCAGCGUAGGAACCGGGACAUUUGCAGCAAGGAUGAGGGAGUUCAAUGUGACGAUCGUUUCAGCAACCAUCAACCUCGGAGCGCCGUUCAACGAGAUGAUAGCUCUUCGAGGAUUAGUCCCUCUUUAUUUGACCGUAAACCAGCGGCUUCCGUUCUUUGACAACACCCUGGAUUUGAUACACACGACGAGGUUUCUGGAUGGUUGGAUCGAUUUGGUGCUUUUGGACUUCGUGUUGUUCGAUUGGGACAGGGUUUUGAGACCAGGGGGGCUUCUUUGGAUAGACAGUUUCUUCUGUUUGAAACAAGACUUGGAGGAUUACAUGGAGGCAUUCAAGGUGCUAAGGUAUAGGAAACACAGAUGGGUUGUGGUUCCCAAACGAGAUAAAGAUGAUGGAGAGGUGUUCUUUUCCGCUGUGUUAGAGAAGCCGCCAAGGCCAUUUUGAU